UUUGAUGUCAUCAUUGAUGUCGGCAUUCAUGCAAUCCAUGUGUUUGUGUUUUAUGUGACAAAACGUAAAUCAAUUAAUAUAUUGAUUGAAAUAAAUUGAUUUGUUUUAAGUGAUUGUCAUCUGAUUUAUCACUUAUUUUGGGUUAUAUUUGGUGCCAAUUAUUGACAUUAAAGAUGACGAUAUCAAAGAACAAUAAGAUGGUUCAGUUCAUCAAUUAUCGGAUGCGAGUGAGUCUUCAGGACAGUCGGACAUUCAUCGGUACAUUCAAAGCAUUUGAUAAGCAUAUGAACCUUAUAUUAGCCGAUUGUGAAGAGUUUCGUAAAAUUAAGUCCAAAGGAUCUAAAGGUCUCGAAAGAGAAGAGAAACGAGUUCUUGGAUUUGUUCUGUUGAGAGGACAAAACAUCGUCUCAUUGACCGUUGAGGGACCGCCACCUCCUGAGGAAGGAGUUCCUAGAGUUCCCAUUCCCGGCUCAAUGCAUGGACCGGGAAUUGCUCGUGCAGUUGGUCGUGGUUUACCUACUGCUCCACCUGUAGCCGGUGCUCCACCAGGACUACAAGGACCAGUUCGGGGAGUAGGAGGUCCUGCAGCCACUGUUAUGGCACCACAAGGUGGCAGAGGUAUUCCCACUGCUCCACCCCCGACCGCUCCCGUAAUUCCUGGUAGAGGUGCGCCACCACCCGGAUUAAUUGCCGGUCCUCCACCUGGUAUUAUUCCUGGAAUGCCUGGGGGUCCACCUCCACAAAUGCCAAUGGGAAGAGGUAUGCCACCCACUGGACCACCUCCUCUGGGACCACCUCCUGGUAUGAGACCACCGCCUCCAGGAAUGAUGAGACCUGGAGCCCCACCUCCAGGUGCUCCUGGAAUGCCACGACCUCCACAUUAAAAAUUUAGUCAAUGGUCAUUGACUUUUAAUAUAGUUACAAGUAUUUCACUAAUAAUUUUUACUUUAAUACAUAUUAAUUAAUUUACUCAUCAAUUUAAAUAACAAUAAUUUGCAAAACAAUUUUAUGUGAAAUAAUGUACUAAAU